CUUCUUAACUAGUACCUCCCACCUCACAACUACUAGCAACAGCGUAGAAUACACAACUUCCACCAUUGCGAAAGCUCUUUCGAAUGUACAGUAAGAGACAAUACUGACAGGGGAUAUUUURCAGCAGAAGUCACGCACCAAAAAUAUAUACGAUGGACCAGGGAAUAGUCUAGUGUGGGGAAACUUAAGCAGAACAGAAAGGUGGGCAGGCAGGAAAAAUGCUUGGCAGGGGAUACGACGAGAAGAGCAGGGGGAGCUCUUCGAGGAACGGCCGCCAAACUAAUAAUCACCUUCAUGGCCAUGAUCGUAGAGGCAAUGAUCGUCCAAAUGUUCGUUCAAAUCCCUUUCGAAUGAGCGGAGCUACCACCGGUCAGAAUCAGAGCAACGACAACAUCAACCGAAACAAAAGUAGUAAAAACAACAAAAUCGAGGCCCUGAAACAAACAAAGAACAACAGAAUCGAGGCCCUGAAAAAACAGACCGAGCUGUAUUCGGAGUUGUCCGAAAAACUUGAGGAGAAACUUGCAAAACGCGAGGCCGAGGUCCAGGCACUGAGAAGYGCCAAUCAGGUCCUACACAAGGAAUGCAACCGUCACACGACUCGGAUCGCUAACCUUGAAACACAAUGCGUUGCGCGRUCGGCCAAGGUGGCACAGCUUUCCGACAUGAUAGCAACCAAAAGGAGUGACAAGGUUCAGGAACGGCUGAUGGAAAAGUCAUUGGAGGUGGCAGAUCUUAUCGAAGAAACGGARCGCCUCAAAAUUCAAAACAAGCAGAUGCAAAGAGAGAAAACAAAGAACGGGAGACUAAUGCUCGAGAUGAGCGACAUCAUUCGGCAACUCAACAAGAUCGAGGUAAAAUACGACAAAGCAGAGGGGGACAAGAAGUAUUUCGAGAUGAAUCGCGUCCGAUACUAUGACGAUUCCCUUACUCCUUUUGCCGGUUCUCCGCAGGACGCUCCACUCGAAAACGUGCGCCGAAAGAUUGCCACAAUUGAGMGGGUCCUCCGCGAGGGAGAAUCUCUGCGUCGAGAACACGGUUUCCAAAARGGUAGAAUUGAAUCUUUAAGGAGGGACAACGAAAAUCUUAACGUCGAGAUUGCAUCACUGCAGGUAAAACUUCGAGACCAGGCGGAUCAACACCGUCAAMAGAUGGAGUUGCAGAUGCUCAAGCAAAGAKCAAACGAGGAACAGACAGUGCACGAGACAGUUCACCAAACGGUGUCGUCYGGAUCGGGGUCGGAAUAUACGUUCUGCACUACCAGUGGUGAAGAAGAAGACCAUGGACAACUUUCCAAAGAAGUUUCUUACGAAGAAUUUGUAGUAGAAAAUGAGCGGUCGCAAUCGGAGGAYGGAAGCGAAGACUCCGGUAUGRACGAUAGCUAUCGUAGCCAUCCACAGUUUUCGAGGGUCAACAAACCUCUCUCUCCAGUAGUCGAAGCCAACAGUAGCGUAGAAAAGGGUCUCUGCAGCAGCAGUAGCAGCAGCAGCAGCGAUGAGUCAAAUAGCGACACAUCCUCUUGCGAUUCGUCUCUUUCUACUCUGGAUKCGCCGCCCUCCUUUGUGGAAGAAAAGACUCCGAAAGAAACCUCAUCUCCAUCUCACACGAAUAGUAUCGACCUUGAAGAACAUAAAAAACUGAAACGGAACUUUGACAAAGCUCUCGAUGUCAUCGAACGUCUCAAGAGUGACUUGAAAGAAAGAAAAACUAGRAAUGUCGAAAUGCUAAUCAACAGCACCAGAAGCUAUGCAUCAAAUGAUGAUAGAGUCGAACGGGAACUCGAACGUACUAAAGCUCAGUACAAAGUAUUACAGGAUGAAUUCAAAACCUUGCACGACCGACACSAAACAGUUUUGGCAAAYUCAAGAACGAAUCACACCGAUUACGAAGCAAGCUACAACGAGAUGGUCUCRAUGAAGGAAAAUUCUGACAGAGCAUUGAAAGAGGUAUCCGACAUGAACCACCUCUUGAGACAGCAAUAUGAUGAUCUCGAGAAUGAGUAUACACUCAAGAUCGAAAGCCUUGAACAAAAACUGAAAGAAUUCCGCAACCAAAGAAAGCACGGAMCAGAUUUGCAGAACAAGAAUUAUGAGGAACUAUUGAAGAAAGCACGGGAAGAAAUCACUACUAUGCAGUCCAUUCAUCAGGAUCGCAUCGAGGAACUGGCUAAAGAUCAUGUAAAGGCACUCGAAGAAGUUCAGAAAACACACGAAGAUCUGAAAUACGAAUACGAUACCUUUUUAGAGAUACAUUUGAAGCUMGAAGAGGAUGCCUUACAGGCAAAGAUGCAUUACAAGGAAAGUCUUGUUAAAAUUCGUGCCAUGGAAUCCGAAUCUCGUGAUAACAGAGAAGCCACAGAGAAAAUGAAGCUGGAACACAGGGAKACCGUCGAGAAAGCGAACGAAAUACAURAAGAAGAACUAAAGAAAAUGGAGGAGGUAGUAGAAGAGUGGAAGAGGAAAUUCCAUAAAAUCGAAGAAGAAUAUGCCUUGGCGAUAAAGACUGAAGAAGAAGCAAAGGACAAAUUUGCUCUYGAUCUGGAAACUUUAAAKAAAGACCAUCAUCUUGCGCUGGCAAARCAGGAGGAACUGCGAAAAAGCGAUGCUGCUGCGUACCAGAAGCUGAGACAGGAAUUUAAUGCAGCAUUGAUUGAACACGGCAAAAAAGAGCAGAGCACAAUUCACAGUUACGAGCAGGUCAAAAGGGAUUACGAAUCCAAGAUGAGGGGCUAUCAGCACAAAAUCGACGAGUUUGAAAAGCUUCUGGCAAUGGCGAAGGACGGUAACGAACAGGAGGUGAAGAGAUUGGUGGGCGAAAUCCAAUUGGAAUCAAGAGAGAAAACAGAGCAACUGCAAGCCAAACUGAAAGAAACUGCCAGGCUCGUGGAGCUCGAGGCYGAUGCUAAGCAAAAAAUAAUGGAAGAACAGGCAGAGUCUAAAGAAAAACUCWCUCGAUUAGAAGCAAGCAACGAUGAACUUCGAGAACAGAUAGAAGCAUCCAAAAAUGAACUCAAUAAGCGUGCGRCGACACACGACCUGGAGYUMGAAAAGAGCGAAAAMGAGUUUCRAGUGAAACUCGAAGAAACGAUCGGGCGMUUAAACGCUGAGACAGAACUCAAUCAGAGUCUUCAGCAAAAACAGGCAAUCACGGGAGAAAAGUUGAAUCGACUGGUUGAAUCCAACAAAGAACUCAGAGACCGCGCAGAGAGGCAAGAAYGUGAAUUGAAGGAGAGCAGAGACAACCAAAACCAAGUUAGAMAUACCUAUCACGAGCUUACAUCGUCCUAUCAAGCGUCGUUGCUUAAAAUCGAGUCGUUACUCCAACAAAGAGAAAAUGUGAAUACUCCRAAGGUACUGCAMAUUUCAACURRGAAAGACGGGGAAGAAUCAAGGACUGAAAAGGGUGGAACAGUUUUUGAGCGUAUUCAAAAGYUCGAGAAAAAAGCCGAACCUAUAGCUGCAAAAACGAAACUCUCUAGGAAGGCAUUGAGCGAUUCUAAURUAGAUUCGAUGUUCCAGCGUGAUUUCGAUAUGAUUCUCAACARAAUAGGAUUUGAUUCGUGCAUAGAAACCAAUUCGGAGGAAUCAGUCACGAGCUCCUCUGUCGACAGUGCAGCCGAUAGAAAAACUCUCUUCGAAGCUAUUGUGAAUCGCGUUGACGAGCAUGCUGAGAAAAUGGAAGACAUUCAGAAAUUGAAAAGAACCUUUGAAGAAGAUGCUGUCGCAAUCGACCAGAUUUUYGACGUGUUAUAUCAUUUUGUUCAAUUGAGAAAAGUUAAUAACAUUGUCCUCAGAUUGCCGCAAUUUGGGRACAAUGAAAUUACAAACGAGCUACAAARUGACGAUAACAAAUCGAACCGCAUCAUUUCGGAUCUCUUAAUCCAYAAGAAACGCUUCAAAGGAGUACAGAGUUGUCUCUUGCGUCGAACCAUGGUAACGCAUCUCGAUGAAAUGUAUCCUUCCCGGCUUGGUGACGUAUAUUCCUCCACUUGCAGUCAUUCGCGAUUCUCAAUKACACCCUCGGAACUUGGGUAUUCUGUUCCAUGCACCAAAUCGCCGAAUCAAGUACAUAAGAAMCCCGUGUCUGAUGAUAAAGAUUUUGGAAUCGGAACAAAUAAGUCGAAUAUUGCCAUGCACCGGGCACGCUUGGAGGCGGCACGCCUUCAAGACGAGAACUUUGCGAACCAGGUGAAUAUAAGCACUGAAGAAAUCAAAACCAAGGCACGCGAGAAAGAAGUACGUUUACUAGACCUCAAGUACAARACUCUUAAAGAAGAGUUCCGAGAGCUGACAGCAAAUGAGGUCCAAAAGCCUCCAUCAAACAUCGCUGUUCCAAACAUUGACGACAAUGGCGACAGUGAAUCAUACCAACCAAGUCUAGCAAUGUCGAGUGUAACACAACCGACCAUGCUUGGCAUCAGUCGAGUUGACUCUCUUCAUAAGCAGGUUCUCGCAGCGGAACUCAAGGUCGAAUGCUCAAGACGUGAGUUGAAGGGACAAAAAUCAUGGGUGAACGAAGCACGAAGAGAGCAACAAAAAAUCAGCAAMAACCUCAAGUCGGUAGUGAGCCAUUUGCACGAUUUGGAGAUUCUGGAAGAAACUGACUACAAUGAAUCAAUGGCAGAGGACGAUUCGUUCCUAUCGAGUCAUUUKGGGGAAAAUCUCARUGAAGACCGAGAGGCAAUCUGGGACAUGAUAUCGAAAUCUGUCCAGAAUCGGGUAUCACCGGCAAGUAGUGAUGAAAACACGGAAGAUACCAGUCUCAAUCCUGCCUCUACGAUUUCAUCGGAGCGACGAGAUGACAAGAACAUGUAUCGUUCUAGUCCGACUAAAAUUGAAGGARCAGAUCAGACUCAUUGCCCUCAGAUUGACCACGAGCUAGACACUAAUAGUAAAAAAAUCCAUGGRAUUCAGGUUGAACUGCGUAAAGCCAAGGAAGCUGCUGAAGCCGCCCGUCGAAAACAACUAGAACGAGAGGAAGCUCUUCGUGAUGUAAUAUUUCAGUAUAGGGAACUGGAGAAGGAACAUAAAGCCGUUACAGGAAAACGACAGCAAGAAGGUCUUGGGCAACAAUCUAUGACAAACACAGAUUGUGAGGAUCCAACAGCAAUGGCAGCCAUAGUUUCGGAACUCAAGCAGGCCCAAGAAAACGUCAAUAUAAUGAAGGGGGAACUGGAGAAGGCUUCUGAGCGCCACUGCGAAGAAAAAGAUGGCCUAAGGCAUAUUAUGGGUCAAUACAAGGCUCUACAAGAUGAUUUUGUUAAGAUUCUAAGCGAGAAGCAAGAAUUGGAAAAAUUUGUGUACCAAAGGCCGGGAAUGUCAUCGGUGGGAAACAAUGGUUUCGUCGAGAACUCAAGUUCUUUGAUAGAGGCACCCAUUGGAGUCAGUUCGCCGUCGGGCCCGAUGAACGAACAACAAAUCAGAAGGGAUCCCCGAAGCAUCUUUGUUCCUAAUAAUGACAGCGUAGUGACAUCCAACGAGAAAAACUCUGAAGUUAUCGGCUUGAAACAACUACGCUUUGUCGGAGCCAGUAGCGCUAGCCCGAAACGCGUUGGGCCACCGAUCAACAGCAAUCAUCAGCAACAACAUCAGAGGAAAUCUACGAAUACAAUUGUUGAGUUGAAUGAUUCUGAUCGUGUUCCGCUCGUUCGACUUAAUCGUUCUCGAGGUUCUGAAAUUCGAAGUUCUGAUAAAACUCCAAACGCAAACGCAAAUGUAUUGCAAGGAUCAAUAGCAACAACGUCAUCGGAGACGAUAAACCAACGGCCAUCCUCCAAAAAAAUGGGGACACCGCUGAAGUCUUCGCUUAAAAGACAGAGCACCGUUAGUGGUAUUAGCAUUGAGAAGGAUUCGGAAUCAUCUUUGCAGAAAAGACAUAAUUUUCCACAGCAGUCAAAGCAGACGCAGAUGCAGAAACGGAAGCUAUCGCAACCGCAAAGACAAAAAGAACAACUUCCGCAGUUCUCUCCAACGAUGCCCACCAGCAAAAAGAAAUUAGGAAUCUUCCGAGGGUUUGGAUUCCAUGGAGGGAAAAAACAGCCAAGAGAAAAAGCUGCAUCUUGAUGUUAGUUACGAGAUACGGGGAUAAAAACAUAAACAUUAG